AUGUUGUUUGUUAAGAAGAAGUAUGGCUCUAUGGGAAUGUGUAUUGACUAUUGGCAAUUAAACAAGGUGACCAACAAGAACAAGUAUUUGCUGCCAUGCAUUGAUGAUUGGUUUGGUCAGCUUCAGGGUUCCAGAGUGUUCUCGAAGAUUGAUUUGAGGUUGGGGUUUCACCAGUUAAAGAUAAGGGCUUCGGAUAUUCCUAAAACUACUUUUCGGAUUCGUUAUUGGUAUUAUGAGUUUUUGGUGAUGUCAUUUGGGUUUACUAAUUCCCCAUCAGCUUUCAUCUAUUGCUCAGAUGCCGGAUGCAGUUCCUUGCUCAAGGAGUGGGUCGAGGGCAUCGUGUUGCAAAAACCCUAUUCCGAGCGCGCGUGGCGCGAACUUUUGAAGGGCCGGUGGGAGGCCCGUGCUCACGGUCUUCCCAAAGAUUUCAAAAUGAGGCCUCUGUCCGGUGAUGAAGACAUCCUCCCCGAACCAUCUGUUCUGAGGCAGGAUUAA